CGCAUUCACAAGAUUUGCCAUGAUGCGAUCGGCAACGAUGUCGAUGCGGCCAACGGCAGCGUUCUUGACUCACAGGGGUGCAUUUCAGCACGCAUCACCGCUUCUUCAAGUGUCGAAGGCACGCAUUGCAUUGGCGUGUGGCUCAUCUCUAUUGGCACAGCGUCCCUAUCGAAUGCAGUCGGUGGUCGCAUUCUCCGACCUGAUUCGGGCGAAGGUGCUUCUUGCGCCAUCGAGCUCAGUCAUCUCGCGGAUGACUUGUGAGAGUGUCAAUUCGAUCGGUAGCCGACAUUGGUACCUCAAGUCACACAAGACAUCAAGCGACGGUUGGCUCGACUGGACCAGCUCCUGGCCACCUCGACUGCGCGCCGUACUGAACCCGUUUUUCCAUCGAGACCAGAUCGUUGGACCACUAAAAGUUUCAAAAUUUUCCAUCAAGGAUGAAAGGCGUCCCCUCGAGCUUCUCCCAGCCUUGGAUGACGCUACAGCUGACCCCGAUCUGCUUCUGGCGGAAGCCAAUCAAGUCGUUGGCGGACCUCCAUCAGGAGACAGCUCUUCCUUUCCCCCGCCACCUCGGAAGUCCAUUCCCCGAAAAGAAAAGCUCGAACAUGGAAUCCCCAUGCUUGGUGGCAAGCCCUUGACACUGCGCUUUGACACCACUGGGAAUGCUACGUACCAAGCCAUGACCCGCCAUGAAGCGUUGAAAAUGGUGCAAGAUGCCGCGGCCACCAUGGUCCACGUACCGGAACUUCCAGCCACGCCGCAGCCGUCGCGCACGGACAAAGGGAUCGUGUCGAUUCCGAAUGUCCACAUGCGGGACAUUCGAAAACUUGACAAUGCAUUUGCCAUCGGCAACAAACCCAGCAUUACCGUCCGCUGUCAAGGCAUCCUCGUCAAUGCAGACCCUAUUCGUGCCGUGAUCACUCGCGACGCAUGCGUCGUGUUCUUGCAAGAUGGUGCCAACGAUCUCAUUCCCGAACUGGAGGCGAACUUCAAGGACCAUCUCGACGAGUGCGCAUUGCACGGCUUUGAGUUCACGGCGCUGGAGGCGAUCUUGGCCACGUUGUGCACCGCGUUGGCAAAGGACGCGGCGCGGGUUCUGCCCGUCGCGAAGGCGGCCGUGGAGAAGAUAUCACAGGAUGCGACGUUGGCGGGCGAGUUGGAGCGGCUGCGAUCGACCAAGAACACCAUGGACGAGCUCAACACGCGGGUCACCGGGAUGCGCAAAGCGUUUGUCGACAUAUUGGAAAAUGAAGAAGACCUGCGCAUGAUGCACUUGACCAAGCUCUAUCGUGAUCCGUGGCUCGCGCACGACUUGUUUAGCUUUGAUUCGGAGGACUUGGAAUCGCUGAUCGAAGUCUACCUCCAGGACAUUUACGACACGCAAACGCAGAUAGCGCUGAUGCUGGAGAACCUACAAAACACCCGCACGAUCGCCAUGCUCAAGCUCGACGCCAAGCGAAACUACUUGCUCAUGGUGAAUCUGACAUUGACGCUGUGGACGACGCUGAUCACGGUGCCGACCUUUGUUGUUGGCACGUUCGGGAUGAACCUGAACUCGUACUUGCAAGACGUCGAUUACUUGUUUUACGCGGUCGUGGCGGGCUGCGUUUUGUUCCCCAUUGGCGUUUACCGCCUCGUCCUGCGAUACUUUCGAGAACGCGGCAUCAACCUCAGCUGGAAGUACAAGUAGCGCAGAGACGUCGGCACGUAAUACAUCGUCUUGAGUGCUGCAUGACAGAGCCAACGCGGCGCUGCCAGCAACCGUUUUGCCAA